AGGUCAUUGACCAGGUCCUGCUGUGUAGUUCUGGGCUGAUCCCUCACCUUCCUCAUGAUCAUGCCCCACGAGAAGAGAUGAAAAACAUCAAGUGCUUGGUGUUGUUGAUGAUUUGGAUGGUCCAGACUGAUGCACAGGUCUGUCCUGAUGCCUGCAAAUGCACCAAGAAACCCGACAAAGCAAAGAUGGAGGUCAACUGCCAUAAGAGAGGCCUUCGCAUCUUUCCUACCACACUGCCCUCAGAUGCUUGGGUCCUCAAAUUUGGUGAGAAUGGCAUCACAGACCUGCAGGCCAACAUUCUGGAAUUAGUUCCACAGAUUGAAAGUGUUAACUUGGAGCAUAAUGCCAUCAAGUCUAUCCAUCCUCGUGCGUUUUCUGGUGCAAAAACGCUGGCGUUGCUCAGUCUUAAUAGCAAUAACUUAAAAAGCCUUCCGCCGAGGGGAUUCAAGGAUCUCAUAAACCUUCGCUUCCUCAUGUUGGGGCAGAACCAGAUCGGUACACUCAAGCCAAACAUGUUUGUAGGCAUGAGGAACCUGUCAGAGCUGGACGUUCCUGAAAACGCCCUAACAACGCUUCCAUCCAACACUUUCAAACCUUUGAUUGCUCUCAAAGUGCUAGAUCUUUCACUGAAUCGCAUCCAGAAAAUCUCUCCAAAGGCCUUCACUGGACUUAGGCAUCUCAUGUUCCUCAACCUGGACAACAACAGUCUGAAGAUUGUACCUGCAGGAGCAUUCAAACCAUUGAGCUCUCUUGAGAUGUUGGUUCUUGACAGCAAUCUUCUGUCUACUCUGAGGCCCACAAUGUUUAGUGGACUGGGUGUAUUGCAGGAACUUUAUUUGAGGAACAACAAUUUGGAGCAGCUGCCAUCUGAUGUGUUCAAGGAUUUGCCUGGGCUUUCUCAGCUGGCUCUCAGUGGAAAUCGCCUUAAGGCAGUGGAUGGAAAUAUGUUGGCUCGAAUUCCAUCCCUGAAGAAGUUGCACCUGCAUGACAAUCCUUGGCAGUGUGACUGCACUAUUGUUCCCAUGAUGCAGUGGAUGAAACAAACAAAUGUAACCCUGUCACCAAAGGAGUCUCUGAAGUGUGAUAGUCCUCUCGAGCUCAAAAAGAAGACUUUGAGCAGCCUCCAAGAAUCGAAGCUUCUUUGCCAUUCGUAGAUCAGAUAAGGACGAAGGCUCUGACCUUAUUGUAAACUAGUGCUACCUAACAUUAAUAUUAAUCUUUUGUUUCUUUUGAGGAAGGGCAUUUAUUAUGGUGCCUUGUAACUACCACCAUGUCUGUUUAAAUGUAAUUUACACGAGUCAUUUUUAAAUGCAGUUUAGGCAUUUAUAAAAAUCAGUAGCCUAUAUUAUGUUCACAGUUUAGCAAAAUGUCUUUCAUUCAGGUAACUCUCAGAUUAUUGUUAUAAUCUUAUAUUGCUUGUCAUAAAGUAGCUUCGCAGUUUUGGAAUAUGACAAAUCACUUGAAGAGGGAUUACAUUAAUCCAAUUUCAAGUAGAGUGGUUUCUGUAAUCGUUUUAAAUAACACUACAGUAAAAUGUGGUUUAAAGGCAGUAAAAUUGUGGGAGGAGAACGUCUGCAAUUUGCAUAUUUAGACUCCAAGAUGAAA